AUGAAUGUCGUUACUGGCGUAUUCGUACAGACCGCCUUGCAGAGCGCCGAGAAAGGGGAGGACUCCUUGAUCGAGGAGCGGAUCAUCGCCCUCUUCCCUUCGACGGAUAAGCUCUCGUUGGACCACAAGGGCGGCCGAGCCCUGAUCACCCUGAAGGAGAUCCAGGCCAGGCUGGAGGACCCUCAGGUCGAGAGGGACUUGAAGGCCAUAAACGUGAGCCGGAGCGAGGCGGAGUAUAUCUUCGAGCUCCUCGACGUGAACGAUUGUGGCGAGAUCGGCGUGGAGGACUUCGUGGCCGCCUGCAUCCGCCUGCACGGCGGGGCCAAGUCCAUCGACGUGCUCACCGUGAUGCAGGAGAGCCGGCACAGCUGCAGGAAGCUGGAGGAGGUGUCUGCCUCGAGGCUCGAGCUGGCAGACAGCGUGGGCCUCUUGCACGAGGGACAGCGACAGCUCGCCAGCGCCCUGGAGGAGCAGCGGCGGGGCCCACAGCCGGCAGGGUGGGCGGGCGAUGCGGAGGCCUGCCGCACCCUCGACAGGCUGGAGGAGCAGCUGCGCUCGGUGGAGGACGCGGUGCAGUCGGUGCUGCAGAGGAGCAGCGACGUCCGCCUUCUCGAGGCGCUGGUGGAGACCUUCGUGGCCGGCGGGUGCCAGCAGGCCGGCACUGGAGGUUCCGAGGCCCCCAGCAAGGCCGCCCAGCCUGGCCUUCGGGGUUGCGACGAGGAGGUCCGGGGAGCCUGA